ACUGGUUCUCCAACCGCCAAUACAGCCAAAGAAGUAGACAAAGUAAAACGUGUAUCAGCUGAGCUGGCUGAUGUGAAAAGCUUACUUUGUAGUUAGUACGUGAUUUUAGGAUAACGGUGUAACGUUAGCAUUGGGGAUGGAGAAUGACAUUGUUGUCUCUCUUGAGGAUUUAGGGUACCAAGGCCCUCUUUUGGAGGAAGGAGCUUUGGACUGUGCUGUGAGCAGAGGAGCAGCUUCACCUGAAUACACGAAGCUCUGUGCCUGGAUCGUGUCAGAGCUCAGGCUCUACUGCAAGCUGGAGGAGAAUGUCCAGGCUACAAACUGUCCAAAUGAGGCAGAGAGCUUUCAGCUGGAGAUGAGCGGUCUGCUGUCAGAGCUCGCCUGUCCUUACUCUGUCCUCACCAGCGGAGACAUCACCCAGAGGCUCCUCAACAGGACAGACUGUCUGCUGCUCCUUACCUUUCUGGUGUCUGAACUGGAGGCAUCGAGGAUGAUCCUGGUGAAUAAGCCCGAGAAGAAUGCCUUGGAGUCAGGCAGCCCUGUGUUCCAAGAACUAAAGGGGAUCUGCAUGGCACUGGGCAUGUCCAAGCCUCCAGCAAACAUCACCAUGUUCCAGUUCUUCAGUGGAAUUGAAAAGAAGCUGAAAGAAGCCAUGAGUAGAGUCUCACCAAAUCACAUUGGAGAACCUUUGAUGAAGAAAGCCCUUGGACCUGUGCACUUGGAAAAAAUUGAGGCAAUAAACCAAGCGCUUACAAAUGAAUAUGAAGUAAGAAGAAAAAUGCUGUUGAAGCGUCUCGAUGUCACAGUGCAGUCUUUCGGUUGGUCUGACAGAGCAAAGACUCAUUUUGAAAAGUUGGCUAAAGUUUACCAGCCACUACGUUCUGCCCUCAUCACCAAAAGUAAAAUCUCUGUUGCCCACCUUCUUGCUGCUCGACAAGACUUCUCCAAGAUCUUACGUACAAGCAGUGGCAAGAUAAGGGAGAAGACUGCUUGUGCCAUCAAUAAGGUUCUAAUGGGCCGAGUGCCAGACAGAGGAGGUCGACCGUGUGAGAUCGAGCCGCCUCCUCCAGAGAUGCCCUCCUGGCAGAAGCGUCAGGACGCUCCCCAAAGCGGAGGACACUACGGUGGAAGUGGGCAUGGAGGCAGUAGGGGGGGCUACGAUCACUACUCCCAAGGUGGACGUGGAGGGUAUGAGAGAGGAGGUGGAUCUGGAGGAGGACGCAGCGACAGGGGAGGCAGAGGAGGAGGUGCCAGAGGAGGCAAGCUGCAGGGAGGCUGGGGAGAAGGUGGUGGAGGAGGGAGAGGGGGUUACAAUCAGAGCCACUUUCCAGAUGCAGGGGGUCAUCAGGGGGGAGGAGGGAGAGGUGGGUACGGAGGAGCUGGGAACAAUGAAGGAGCUUUCCAGGAACCUGGCUUCUAUGGAGGAGGAGGAGGUCACCAUGACAGUUACCACCAAGAUGGGAGCUGGCAUCAGGAGAGGGGAGGGGGUCGAGGAGGUCGGGGUGGCAGGGGAAGAGGUGGUCGAGGAGGAGGAGGACAAGGAGGAGGCUGGGGAGGGAGAGGGGGGCAUACUUUUAACCAAGGCGGACAGUUUGAACAGUUCUUCCAACAUGGCGGGCAACACUACAGCCAAGCUGGCUUUAAUCAAGGCAGACACUACACUAGCUGAAGACAGAUUGUGGGGCAUCGCAGCAGAGUCCACUCAGAGACGGUACAUGCUUUAACAUUGAGUUCUUUGGCAUGGUGAGCAGUUGACUAAAAUGUAAAAUAAGGACUUACAAUACAAAAAUACAGAUAGUAGAUAUACUCACUGCAGGCUGUUUUGGAAUUAUUGCUUUACCACAGAGGACUGGCCUUGUAGUCCUUUGCUUUCUCAUACUCAUGUUAAUGUUUUCUCUGCCUCCUCAAAUGAUCAACCCAACAGUUUUGUUAAGAAUGGUUAGUCGAUAAGUUGGACUCUGCUGUUUUGUCCACAUUUUGACACUUGAUUUUUUUGUCGAUUGAUGAAAUCUUUAAUAGUUUCAUUGAAUUUGACCUUUACUUGAAAACGGCUUCACCUUUCCAGUCUACAUUUUGGUUCAGUAGAUUUGACUGGAAUCUCCUUUGUUACUUAUUUAAGAGAUGUCAUGUUGCACUGUUCAUGGAAGACUGUGUGCAUACAAAUAUGAAUGCUGGAAAGUUUGCAUGAAUAUUUGAAAGCAAUAAAAAAUGAAAUGACA